AAAAGAAAGUAUUCUGUAACACUAAUCGAGCAUCCAUUCCUUCAUCCACCACCAACUCUAAUCCUCAAAGAUAGAAAGGUGAAACUUCAAAGCACAGAAUAAACAGGCAAAGCCAAUGGCACCACCACCACCUCUUCACACCUCCAUCAACUAUUUCAUGAUCCUCCUCUUAGCAUCCACACCAACAACCUCAACAACAGUGUGCCACGACACAUGUGGCUCAAUACAAGUCAAGUACCCCUUUGGCACAGGUCCUGGUUGUGGGUCCCCACUAUUCAACCCAUACAUAACAUGCACGUUAAACCAACUCAUCCUCAAAACUCACAAAACAGCGUACCCUAUCACUUCCAUAUCAUACCCAACAUCAACUCUCAUACUCGCACCCCCCUACAUGUCUACUUGCACCACCAUGCAAACUUCUCCCAACUUUGGCUUAGAUUUAACCUCACCUUUCCAAAUCACUUCUUCCACUUUCAUCCUCCUCUUUUGUCAACCCUUCAUAAUAAAAAACUCUCCCAUUUGUGACACUUCCUUUGAUUACCUUUGUGCUUCUAUUUACUCUUGUCCUGCAGUGCUCUCACUUGGUAUGCCUCUUUUUCCUCCGACUAACACUUGUUGUGUCUACUCUCCGGCGAACCUCGACGGUGAAGGGGAGUUGAACCUUAGGGGGAAUGAUUGCGGUGGUUAUAGUUCGGUUGUGUCGCUUGGCGAUAAUCCUACCGAUCCUACUCAUUGGGUUUAUGGAGUGGCCUUGAAAUAUAGUCAUAGUGCUUUUGAUAACUUUGUGACUCCUAAAUGUACUAGUUGUGAGAGUAGUGGUGGUGUAUGUGGAUUUGCUGCUCCAGGAAAUGGAUUUGCUUGUGUUUGUGAAGGUGGCUUUAACACUAGCCUUGAUUGCUCUAGUAAUGAUCAAAACCAGGAUUAUCUUUGGGAAUCUAUCUCUCCUCCUCCCAUGUCCACAAUUAGGAACGUUUGGAGUUCCAUUUUGACUGGUAUAAUUUUGAGCUUAGUGUAAUCAGAGGACAAUGUUGCUGGGUUGAUUAUUAUUAACACCAACUGUCAAGUCAUUCACUGGAGGACAACAUCAGCCCUCUUUAGUGCACAAAAGUUGCUUUAGAAAAAUACAUAUACAGAAAAUGGAAUAAAGUUAUUGAGCAUCCAUUCCUGUGUUGAAAACUUGAAGUCUGUAUUUUUAUCUAUGUUAAAACAUUUGCAUGGUGAAAAGUUUACACCAUUUUAUAUCGUAUUUUAAAUAACAAAAUUCUAUCUUUAGUCA